AUGUAUAACGUCCAGAAAUAUCCCACGCCCAACUCGCCGGUUGUACGUAUAAUCGUGCUGGAAACGGAUGAGCCUCAUCCCGAUACACACGCAACCAAGGGUAGCUUCGGAGAGAUCCUACACAGCCACUUCCAACAUGCCGGCGCCGAACACGAUCCUCCACUAGGAAUCGACACUGACAUGAGGUUCGUAGUGGAGGAGAAGGGAGGCAAGGUCCCUCAGUUUGAGGAGUUUGACGGUUAUCAGGGUGUCUUGAUCACCGGAAGCAUGUAUGACGCUCACGGGGACAACCCUUGGGUUCUCAAGCUUCUUGAUGUUCUCAAAGAAUUGUGGCAGCGCCGGCCGGAUCUCCAUCUUAGCGGCGUGUGUUUCGGGCACCAGCUCCUCAACCGGAUGCUUGGCGCCGAGAUCGCGCAAGCCCCAUCCCAAGACUGGGAACUCGGCCACUGCCGACUCGACCUCUCACCGGUGGGCAAGGAACUCUUCCGCACAGAGGACCAUCACAUUUUCCUGCAUCAGAUGCAUCAAGACCAGGUGGUCGCGCCGCCUACGCCAGAAGCCUCUAAGGGGCUGCUCGAGCCAGGCACGAGGGUGGAUAUAUGGGGCCACAGCGAGCACACCAACGUACAGGGCAUCUACAUCAAGGGGAGGCUCUUCACAACGCAGGCUCACUUGGCAUUUGACGAGGAAAUGGUCAAGAGACAGAUCCAGAUGAGAAUCGACAGCGGAGGUAUCCAGGAUUUGAAGCAUGCAGAUCGGGCAUCGGAGACGGCGCACCUCGAGCACGAUGGAGACAGCGUAGCGGCUGCCAUCUUGAGGUUCUUCCACGGCGAUGACGAUGAGAUUGAAUGA